AGGAAGAGAAGGAGGAGGCUUCGGAGAAGGACAAUGGUGUCCACGCUGUGUCCCUACGCAGGGCGGGGGCAUUCCGGGCCCGUAACCACAGCUAUGACCCCUUCCAGAGACACAGCUGGGGCUCUGGCCGGGAGCUACAGGACCCACUGAGCAGGAGCGAGCCACGGGACCCGGGAUGCCAGGGGCCCCAGGAGGCCUCCUUCUUGCACAGCCCAGAGGACCUGGACCCCUUUCUGGAAGGGCAGCACCAGAGUGACCAGCUCCCCAGCCUGGGGGCUGGCUCCUGUCAUCCACCCCCUGACCCCUACCACCAGCAGGCUGCCACCUUGCUCUCCAAGUCUGUCUCCAUGAGCGGCAUCAACUGCUUCUUGGACUGCUCAGAUACAGCAGGCAACUUAGCUCGGGCCUCUGCUGCCGGCCUCAGCGAAAGCUGCAGCCAGCUGGAAGGGGGCUCAGGCACCUGGGCAGGCUCCUCCCUGCGACGGACCCUGAGCUUCAUCUGGGGCAUGACUGGGAAGGCCAAGGCCCGGGAAAAGGAGAAGAUGAAGGAGGCCAAGGACGCCCGCUACACCAAUGGGCACCUCUUCACCACCAUCUCUGUCUCUGGCAUGACCAUGUGCUAUGCCUGCAACAAGAGCAUCACAGCCAAGGAAGCCCUCAUUUGCCCAACCUGCAAUGUGACCAUCCACAACCGCUGUAAAGACACCCUCGCCAACUGCACCAAGGUCAAGCAGAAGCAACAGAAAGCCGCCCUGCUGAAGAACAACACUGCCUUGCAGUCUGUCUCCCUUCGCAGCAAGACCACCACCCGGGAGCGGCCGAGCUCUGCCAUCUAUCCCUCGGACAGCUUCCGCCAGUCCCUGCUGGGGUCUCGCCGCGGACGCUCCUCUCUGUCACUGGCCAAGAGUGUGUCCACCACCAACAUCGCAGGACACUUCAAUGAUGAGUCCCCUCUGGGGCUGCGCCGCAUCCUGUCUCAGUCCACUGACUCCCUCAACAUGCGCAACCGAACCCUCUCGGUGGAAUCCCUCAUUGAUGAAGGCGCAGAGGUGAUCUACAAUGAGCUCAUGAGCGACUUUGAGAUGAGUGAGAAGGACUUUGCCGCCGACUCGUGGAGCCUGGCUGUGGACAGCAGCUUCCUGCAGCAGCAUAAGAAGGAGGUGAUGAAACAGCAGGAUGUCAUCUAUGAGCUCAUCCAGACGGAGCUGCACCAUGUGCGGACGCUGAAGAUCAUGACGCGUCUGUUCCGCCCGGGGAUGCUGGAGGAGCUGCAGCUGGAGCCCGGGGUUGUGCACGGCCUGUUCCCCUGUGUAGAUGAGCUCAGUGACAUCCACACUCGUUUCCUCAGUCAGUUGCUUGAGCGCCGGCGCCAGGCUCUGUGCCCCGGCAGCACCCGCAACUUUGUCAUCCAGCGCUUAGGGGACCUGCUCAUUAACCAGUUCUCAGGUGCCAGCGCCGAGCAGAUGCGAAAGACCUACUCAGAGUUCUGUAGCCGCCACACCAAGGCCUUAAAGCUCUACAAGGAGCUGUAUGCUCGGGACAAACGCUUCCAGCAGUUUAUCCGGAAGGUGACCCGCUCAGCUGUGCUGAAGCGGCACGGGGUGCAGGAGUGCAUCCUGCUGGUGACCCAGCGUAUCACCAAGUACCCGGUGCUUCUGAACCGCAUCCUGCAGCACUCACACGGCCUGGAGGCGGAGCGGCAGGACCUGACGACGGCACUGGGGCUGGUGAAGGAGCUGCUGUCCAAUGUAGACCAGGACGUGCACGAGCUGGAGAAGGGGGCCCGCCUACAGGAGAUCUACAACCGCAUGGACCCCCGAGCCUACACCCCUGUGCCCAGCAAGGGUCCCUUUGGCCGUGAGGAGCUCCUGCGGCGCAAGCUCGUCCACGAUGGCUGCCUGCUCUGGAAGACGGCGGCGGGGCGCUUUAAAGAUGUGCUGAUGCUGCUGAUGACAGAUGUGUUGGUGUUCCUGCAGGAGAAGGACCAGAAGUACAUCUUCCCUGCCCUGGAUAAGCCCUCUGUGAUAUCACUGCAGAAUCUCAUUGUCCGAGACAUCGCAAACCAGGAGAAGGGGAUGUUUCUGAUCAGCGCAGCCCCUCCUGAGAUGUACGAGGUCCACACAGCGUCCCGGGAUGACCGGAGCACGUGGAUGCGAGUCAUUCAGCAGAGCGUGCGUGUGUGCCCAUCCAGGGAGGACUUUCCUCUCAUUGAGACGGAAGAUGAGGCUUACUUGCGACGAAUAAAGAUGGAGCUGCAGCAGAAAGACCGUGCCCUGGUGGAGCUGCUUCAGGAGAAGGUCGGGCUGUUUGCCGAGAUCACUCACUUCCAGGUGGAAGAGGAUGGUGGCGGUGGGGUGCCCUUGCCCACGCUGCCCAGGGGCCUCUUUCGCUCUGAGUCCCUGGAGUCCCCUCGGGGCGAACGGCUGUUACAGGAUGCCAUCCGUGAAGUGGAGGGUCUGAAAGACCUGCUGGUGGGGCCUGGCGUAGAGCUGCUCCUGACGCCCCGGGACUCAGCCCUGCCCGGGGAGCCUGAUAACGGUGGGAACACAAGUCCAGGGGUCACUGCCAAUGGUGAGACCAGGACCUUCAAUGGCACCAUUGAACUCUGCAGGGCUGACUCUGACUCCAGCCAGAAGGAUCGGAACGGAAACCAACUGCGGUCUCCCCAGGAGGAAGCGCUGCAGCGGCUAGUCAAUCUCUAUGGACUUCUGCACGGACUGCAGGCGGCAGUGGCCCAGCAGGACACCCUGAUGGAAGCCCGCUUCCCUGAGGGUCCUGAGCGGCGGGACAAGCUGACCCGCACCAACUCUAGGGAGGGGCCCCCCACAGCCCCCGAGAAGCAGGCCACAGAGCUGGCGCUGCUGCAGAGACAGCACGCUCUGCUACAGGAGGAGCUGCGGCGCUGCCGGAGGCUCGGGGAGGAGCGCGCCACAGAGGCCGGCAGCCUGGAGGCCCGGCUGCGUGAGAGUGAGCAGGCCCGGGCACUGCUGGAGCGAGAGGCCGAGGAGGCACGCAGGCAGCUGGCCGCCCUGGGCCACGCUGAGGCACCGCUCCCCACGGCCGAGGCACCCUGGGCUCGCAGGGCCCUGGACCCGCGGCGCCGCAGUCUCCCAGCUGGUGAUGCCCUGUACCUGAGCUUCAAUCCCCCGCAGCCUAGCCGCGGCCACGAGCGCCUGGAUCUGCCGGUUACUGUGCGCUCGGUCCACCGGCCCUUUGAGGAGCGUCUGGAACUGGGUAGCCCUGAGGAGCGUCUACAGGACAGCAGUGACCCUGACACUGGCAGUGAGGAGGAAGGGAGCAGCCGACUGUCCCCACCACACAGCCCCCGAGAUUUCAGCCGAAUGCAGGACAUCCCAGAAGAGACUGAGAGUCGGGAUGGAGAGCCAGUAGCUCCAGAGAGCUAAGGGAACCCCACAACCCCAGCCCGGGAUACCCCCCAUUCCCAGAACAUUGCCAACGGGGGGCAGACCUUGGGGAUGUCCAUCUGCCAAGGACAACAAGGGGACAUUUGAAAGAACUGCUGACUGUCCUUGCCAGCUCUUGGGAUCCUGGAUGCUUGGGGCCACAUAGGUAACUGGGGGUGGGGGGUGGGGGUUUGAGUCCACAGCGCCCCCUAGUGGCACCCAGGAACAUCACCACCAAUGCCAAUUUUUUUCAUGCCUCUUCCCUCUACUGUAGGGAAACUUAUUUAUUUAUUGUUGAUUAGUUAAGGAGUGAGAGGAGAGACUUAGAGGACCAGGGACAUGGGAACCAAGCCAUAGGGGGUCAGGGCCUAGUCCUUCAACACUACUGGGGUUCAUUUCAGGCUUCACCAUGCAGCUACUAGAGUUCUAGCCUCACAUCCCUGUCCACCCACCCACAUCCAUCUUUUGAGGUAUGGGAGGGGAGCCACCACCACAGGACCCUACACUGCCUUCCAGAAGGACUGUGGGCAGGACUGUGUCUCUCUCUCCCAUACCCCCAUGGCUUCCUGUUGCUGCUCCCCCCCUUUCCAUCCUCUGGUGGACCCCAGGAAGUUGCCCUGGACCCCAGGAAGUUGGCCUGCACGCCAGGCUAGAAUGGGGGAGGGUGGCUUGUGGGGGGGUGGGAAGCAAUACCAUAGCAACCAUAACAUUCUGGGGGUGUCUUUUUUUCUUUCUUUUUUUUUUUUUUUUUCUUUUUUUGUACCAAAGCCAGCUGCUCAUGUUUCACAUCAUUAAGGAGAUUGUGGCACUUAGAUUUCGACCUCUCUGAGCAUCUUGAAGGUGUUGGGACCAUGAUUGCUCACCUUACCCCCCACCCCAAGUGUGUGCCUCUCCAGACCUCUGCCCCAGUUAUGUGGAAAUGGAGUUCCCGGAUGAGCUCUGGCCAUCUGAGAACUCCAACCUCACCCCCACACCUUGGCAACGGUGCCUGAUACCACAGUGGGAACUAGGGAAGUUCUUCAAGAGACCCCUCCUCCCAGAGACCACCGCCCCAGAUUUUUUGUUGUCGUUGUUGCCAAUUGUAAAGGAAAGGGGG